CAUCACCCAAAUACGUCGUAUGGUUAGUUCGGUUCCAACAACUGGAGCCUUCUCUCGGCAACGAGACCCGUUCAAGUUCAAGUGUGCUCAGUGAUUAGUGCGUAAAAUGAAAGCCGUUAUCACAGUUGUCACGGCACUUCUGGUUGCUGUCGCGGCAACCAACGAGGUCCAUCGAAGCUACGACAAUGAUCAUCAACAUCAACGAUCGAGCUCAAUCAAUGGACGUCAAGCCGCAACAAUCGAUCCAGCUGAGGCUACGUCCGAUUUCUGGCGCCAGAAGGCUCAAGAAACGCUCAAAGCCAAACUGCAGGAAGCACCAGUGAUUGCCAAGGCAAAGAACGUAAUUUACUUCAUCGGUGACGGAAUGUCCGCGCAAACUAUUGCGGCCACCAGAAUGUACCUCGGAAACGAGAACAAAAUGCUUUCGUUCGAACAGUUCCCAUAUCUGGCUACCGCAAAGACGUACUGCGUGAAUCGUCAGGUGGCGGAUUCGGCUUGUACGGCCACAGCGUACCUCUCUGGAGUCAAGACCAACUACGGAAUGAUCAACGUAGGCCCGCAUGUUCCGCGAUACAGCUGCACAUACAAUCGUACGGAAUCCGAAUUCCUUGGGUUGCUCAAAUGGGCACAGGAAGCUGACAUGGCUACGGGUGUAGUGACCAACGCCAGAAUCACUCAUGCCACUCCCGCCGGAGCGUACGCUAGCAUUACGAACCGUGAUUGGGAAGAUGACUCUUACGUAACGAACGCAGGCUGUGACGCAACUAAAUAUCCAGACGUUGCUCACCAAUUGGUCCACGGUGAGGUUGGAAAGAGGCUCAACGUUAUUUUGGGCGGGGGUCGCAGGCAUUUCGUGCCAUCGACGCAAAUGGAUGAUGAAAACGUAGCAGGUUCUCGCGCUGAUGGACGGAACCUUAUCAACGAGUGGAAAGAGGCUCAUCCCAACAAUGCAACUUAUGUAUGGAACAAGUCCGGUCUGCAGUCGAUUGAUGUCACCAACAUCGAGAAUGUUCUGGGACUGUUCGACAGCAGCCACAGCCUGUACAAUCUAGAGAUUGACGAUCAACAGCUGGGUGCCGUGAAGCCGAAGCUUACGGAUAUGGUGGACGCGGCUCUUAAAAUGUUGACCAAGGACAAGGACAAAGGGUACUUCCUGUUCGUGGAAGGUGCCAAGAUCGACAUGGCACAUCAUGACUCGCGACCGCGUUUGGCACUGGAAGAGACGGCGGAGUUUUCACGUGCCAUUGAGCUGGCAAGGAAUAUAACGGCACUGGAUGACACUUUGAUUGUGGUGUCGUCGGAUCACGGCCACACGAUGACCUACAACGGAUAUCCGAAACGAGGCAGCGACAUCCUUGGCAUUGGAGGCUACAGCGACGAAGACGGACUUCCCUACACGACCCUGAGCUACGCCAACGGUGAAGGUUACUACCUAACGUACAAAGAGGGGAAUCCCGCCGAACGGGUAGAUUUCAGCCAAUAUGACUUAACAGACCACCAGACCCUGUAUAUGGCCACGGUUCCACUGAAUGCGGAAUCACACGGUGGUGAGGACGUGGCUGUUUUCGCCAGUGGUCCUAUGGCCCAUAUCUUCCGGGGAAACAUGGAACAGAACGUACUGCCGAAUCUGAUUUCGUACGCGGCCAAGAUUGGCAAGUACAAAGAAAAUGGCGGCGAUGGGGACGGGCAACCGGGAUCUGGGUCAUCACUGGCGCUGUGCAUCCAGCUGAUGGUUGUUUGCGGGGUGACGGCUUUGUUAGGCCAACUGAAGUGGUACAAAAUGGAACUCAAAGCAUUAGCGGUGCUGUGCCUUUUGGCAGUUGUGAAAGCUCAAGUCUUAGUUGAAAACAGUGAGCCAGCUCCGGAGAAGGACCAUUACCACAGUCGGAACCAUCUGCCGAGCAAGUUUCAGAAAAAUGCAUUUUCAGAAGAGGAGACGCACUCAAAAUACUGGAUCGACGGCGCCCAGAACACUUUGAAAAACAAGCUAAGCCAGAAGAAAUCGGUAACGAAAGCUAAAAACAUCAUAUUCUUCAUUGGUGACGGAAUGUCCGCGCAAACAGUGGCAGCUACUCGAAUGUACCAGGGUAACGAAAAUGAGUAUCUUUCUUUUGAAAAAUUCCCGUACCUAGGACAGGUGAAGACAUACUGUGUCAAUAGGCAGGUAGCCGAUUCGGCUUGUACUGGUACGGCAUACUUUUCAGGAGUCAAGGGCAAUUACGGAAUGUUGAACAUUGUGGCCUCGAUUUCGAGGUACACCUGUGAUUACGAGAAGAAUAAUGCUACCGAGUUAGAUGGACUGAUGAAAUGGGCUCAGGAUGCCGGGAAGGCAACAGGGAUCGUGACGAAUACUCGUAUUACCCAUGCGUCACCGGCAGCCAGUUAUGCAAAGAGUGCAACUCGUGGAUGGGAGAAUGAUGCGGAAGUGGUUUCCGACAAGUGUGACCCGGAGAAAACAAUUGAUAUUGCAAGGCAGAUGGUAUACAACGAUGUGCCUAAGAAUUACAAAGUGAUUCUCGGUGGUGGAAGACGGAACUUCCUUCCCACAGAAGUAAAUGACGAAGAGGGAUCCAAAGGCUACAGAACGGAUGGAAGAAACCUUAUCGAUGAAUGGUCCGUUGUUCAUAAAGAUAUGGGAAAUGCAUCGUACGUGUGGAAUCGGAAGCAGUUGAUGGAAAUCAAUUUGGAUAAAACCGACUACCUUCUAGGGCUAUUUGAAGCAAGUCACUUGAAAUACAACCUCCAGGUGCAACAGCAAAAUGCUAUGGACAUGGAACCAAGUCUUUCAGAAUUGACUGAAAUCGCCAUCAAAAUGCUCCAGAAAAGUGAAGAAGGAUACAUACUGUUUGUCGAAGGCGGUUUGAUUGAUUUGGCUCACCACGAUACUCGUGCUCGAAUUGCUUUGGAUGAAACCGCAGAAUUCUCCAAAGCAAUCGAGAGGGCCAGAAAGCUAACCAGCGAAGAAGAUACGUUGAUUGUAGUCAGCUCGGACCAUAGCCAUACCAUGACCUAUAAUGGUUAUACAAAACGCGGCCAAGAUAUCCUGGGUAUCGCAGAUAUCAGCGAGAGAGACGGCCUCCCCUACACCACACUCAGCUACGCUAACGGCCCCGGUUAUGCCGAUACUUACAAAUCAGAUAAUUUGGCCGAGCGAAUCGACAUUACCAACGUCGACUUUACCCAAAUGAAUCAGCGCUAUCUAGCGACGGCACCAUUAAGCUCGGAAGCUCACGGCGGCGAAGACGUGAGCGUUUACACCUCCGGACCUCUGUCGCAUAUCUUCGUCGGAAACUACGAACAGAGUACGCUUCCGCACUUAAUGGCUUACGCAAGUGGCAUUGGAGAGUAUUACGAACCCAUCAAGCCUCCUACCGACGAGGACGACGACGGUAGCGCAGGUUCACUAUCCGUCUGCCUCUCAUUACUGAUAGCUGCCUUGGUAGCAGUGAUAGGACGCCAAUAGGUGUCACAUUAUAGAUAAGGCUCCAAUGCAAGAACAUUGCCUCAUGUGAUAUGUACUACUAAUCGUCCUCUAACAUCCCAAUAAACCAAUAAUUUAGAUAACAUUGA